GUGCACGUAUGUCAGAGGGACUAUGGUGGAGGGCUGGUGAAGAUGAUGGCAGCUCUCUGCGAGGAUGGCACAUAUGUACUCAACUGUGGGCGCAGAAGCGACAAAAUCUCAGUUUUACAUGUCAAACUGACAGAAUCAACCUUUAAAGCGCUAGAAAACUACCAAAACUGUAAGAAUGCACCAUCCUCGCAGACAACAAUACGUUUCCAGGGUCUUCAAGGGCACAUUAAAAUUCCAAGAGCAGAUGGGUCACAUAACUUCGACUUCUAUCUGUCCAACUUUGGCAAGGACAAUCCUCAAGGGAGCUUUGAGUGUAUUCACCAAUACACAUCCAGCUAUAGUGUACCCCACCUGUCUUCCUUGGGAACAAUUCAGGACAAAAUCACAGUAUGUGCCACCAACAACUCCUACCAGGUGACCAAAGAGCGUGUGACCCAGGCAGAAGGGGAUACACAAAAGAAUGGCAACAAAUUCAUCAAACCUAGAGGACCAAUCAGAGACAAAAAAGUCCAUGUCCGCAAGCCAGCUCCCUCAGCCCCCGACCCGGUUCCGGAGAGGAAGCAGACCACCCCCAUCAACCCAGCCAACACGAUCCGCAAGUGCCUAGCCAACAACCCCGUGUCCCAGCGGCCGUACCGGGACCGCGUCAUCCACCUCCUGGCCCUGCGCUCAUACAAGAAACUAGAGAUGAUGGCCAGACUGCAACGAGACGGCAUCAGCCAGAAAGAUCGCAACUCUCUGGGCACUACACUACAUCAGGUGGCCAAUCUAAAUCCAAAGGAUAACUCCUAUUCACUGAAAGACUUUAUCUUCCGUGAGGUCCAAAGGAACUGGCCGGGCUACACGGAGGAUGAACGCGUUCAGGUUGACAGGAUUCUGGCACGUAAACUGGGCUUGAACUCUGAGUCUGUCUCAUCCAGCAGUCCAACCAAAGAGCCCGCGUCCCCUCUGAAGCGCCAGCUUGAGACCGACUUCAUUGAUCCUCUGAUGUCUAAGAAGCCACGAAUCUCCCACCUCAGCAAUCGAGGGCCACCUGCCUCAUCAGGCCGUCCUUCGGAGACAGAGGACAAAAAACCCACACCCCCCGUCACUGCUGCCUGCCCGGGACCUUCUUUGCACCCUCCCCGUGCCUCAGGCUCCAGUUCAAACUCCCCGAGCACACCAGAGGGUCGGGGCUCUCAGGAUCUGCCCCUGGACCAGAGCUCUAUAUGCGGGACCUCCUCGGAGAGCUACGCCCCCCGCAACCACACACUCAGUCCCCGCAGCCGGCCUGUUCCCACAACUUCCCACUCGUCCUCCUCCACCUGUACUGUCUCGACAACCACCAUCACCUCCACCACGACCACCAGCAGUGGCCUCCACAUUUCCUCUGCCACAUCUACAGCCGGCCGCGACUGCAGCAAAAAGCCCAAGAAGUCAAAGAAGCACAAAGAUAAAGAAAGUAAAAGAGAAGGUGAGCGAGAGAGGGAUAAGGAACGGAAGAGGGAAAAAGAGCACCGCAAGGAGGAUCUUUGCAAUAAUGAAGUGAAGCCUAAGAAGAAACAUCGCAAUGAGGCAGAACAAAAACACAUUCCUGCCAAGAUCAGCCAUGAAUCAGAGGGAGAAGCUGGCAAAGACAAGCCUGUCCAUACCACUGAACUUCCUGUCCCAGUGAAGUCUGAUUACAUAGUUAAAUACACUGCAGUGAUAUCUAUGGAUCAGAGGCAGCGCUAUAAGGACGACUUCAACUCAGAGUACGAUGAGUAUCGUGGCCUUCAUGCUCGUGUUGAAAGUGUUACACGCCGAUUUACACAAUUGGAUGCCCAAUGCAGAAGGCUAGCACCAGGAACCAAGCAGUACCAAGAGGUACAUGAACGGGUGCUGCAGGAAUACAAAAAAAUUAAACGACACAGCCCGAAAUACUAUGAAGAAAAGCAACGCUGUGAGUACCUGCACAACAAACUGACCCACAUCAAACGGCUCAUCGCCGACUUCGACCAGCGGAAGGGGCAGUCCUGGUUGUAGGGCGUGGGACUAAUCAACCCCCUCAGUCAAUCAAGAGCGCUUCUUAGCCAGAGGGCCAUCUUUACGGGAGUGCGGGGAUCAGACAGCUCCUUAUUUAUUCUUAUCAAUUUCCCGCUCACCUUUUCCCAUACCUGGCCUUCUUUAUCAGUCUAUUUCUUCCUUUCCUUCUUCUUUUCCCAUCCCUUUAUUCAAAGCACUAUUUCUUCUGAACACCACCUUUUGUUUUACCAAGAAGAGAAAACCACUCUUCCGUCUAGUGAUGUCAUGUGUUCAGGGGAGUAGCGCUUAUCUCUUUCUUUCUUUCUUUUUUAUUUGAAGGACUUCGAAGAAAAUAAAAUUAAACUUUUUUUGAAAGCAUAAAGAAAACCCAUCUGUAGUUAUGCAAUGCAAAACCGUGGGCCUUACAUACAGCGCAUAUUUCUUGAAGCCUUUUGCACAGGGGUGAUUGAGACCUUUUAUGUGAAAAUGUGUCCAUAAAAAAGGUGUUUCCAAAAGCCUUGAUGCUUUCUUUUCUCCCGGGGCCCUGAUUUUGAACAGCUUCAGUAUUCACACCCACAGUGCAAAUGCCUUAAGGUAUUAAUACAGACAUAUCGAUGUGGAGUCAGUGAGACUUUCAAGCACCCAGGCCAGUGGGGAGAAAUUAUGACCUGAUCACAGGUCCAGCGCACAUUCGUGGAAGGUUUGAGCGAUAUGUGUGUGAUUGUGUUGAAUGAAAGGACAGGGAAAGCAACGAGUGAAAGUUGUACAUUUUUUUUUUUUUUUUUUUGGGAAGGAUUGGGCCAGAAAGGAUUAAAAGAACAAUGUUUGGGGAGAAGGGUUGGUAUAGAUAUCUAUAAAAGAGGAAAAAAAGGCAGAAAAUGAAAAUCCCUUAAAAAAAAAAAGCUGCUAUAUAUUCUUUGAACAGCCAGAGCCAUUGGGAUCAACCGGGCUUGUGUUAAAUGUUAUUAAUUGGGCCUGCUGUGUUUAAGAAAAUUAUCAAACCAUCUAAGGAAAAGGUGCUACUUAUUAAUAAGGAAAUGCAUCAAGCAGAGACAGACCUGUAUAUCCAUUUCAAAUGUAUUAAUUAUUAAGUCUCAGAGCAGAGUUAUUUAUGAAAUAUGAAUGGCGCUAUAUAUAUAUAUAUAUAUAUAUUAUGUGGUUCUGAAUUGAAAGGAAUUGCUGGAAUUUUCUUUAAAAUGAGAGUAUUGAAGAUAAAACUGAUAUACAAAUAUAUGUAAAAGUCUAUUUCAUGUAUCAUUAGUGAAGAGCUACUUAAAGAUUAAGGGAAACGUUAUGUUUACAUAACCUGUGUGGUUGGACGUUUUGCCAAAAAGAGAGAAAGCGAAAUAAAAAUGCUAUCAAUCUUAUGUUGAUGGUAUGGAAUAAAACUUGUUUCUCUGAGCGCAAUAAUGACACUUUGGUAUCUAUAAAAGAGAGCUUUUGGAGCAUGGUUGAACACCUACAGUGUCCUCGUUUGUUAUUUAAAUCUUAUGAUAGGGAAACGAUCCAGAGCAUAUCACUUACAAAUAUGCAAAUUCUCCACAGUGGAUUCUGAUUGGCUAGUUAUUUAUUUAAGGCUUGCUGCUUUAUAUUUGCACAAUGUUUUAAGAUGUCAUUUUAAGGGCAUCUGAAAACAGUAUCUCUAAAAUCAACUUGCAGAUACUCAUUUCAGGAUCACAAUUAUUCCAUUUGUUAAAAGCUGAAAGCCAAAGAGGUGUUCUCUUUGUUAUGUAAGUGUUGUAAAUUCAAUAUAAACUCAAGUGAGCCAUUCUCAAAAUAACUAAUGACAAAUGUUCAUGUGAUGUUUUUGGGUCAGCAGAUGGGAUCUUAUCUGCUUUAUUUAGGGGAUUAAAGUUAAGUCCCCAUUAUGGAUUUAUCAUCAAUGGUGUAUGACAGCCAAAUACCUGUCAUGGUUAUUUAUCAGAGAACAUUAGCAGCACUUUACCUGCAGACUCUCUUUCCAGCAUCUCUCAGUCCCUCUGCAGUUUGUCCAGAGAUAAUUUGAUCCUCUUUUGACAUUACUAUUUAUGCCUCUUACACCACUAAAGAGAGAUGUUUAUGUUGAAUAAUAAGCCGAGAAUCUCAUAACACUGUCAUCUCUUGUUUUAAAGGUGGUAUGGGGGUUGUUUCAGACUGUAAAAGAAUUACUGAUCUGUCCACCUGAAAAUCUAGUAAAUCAUUUCAAUAAAAUGUGAACAUGAACAUUAAUUGUUCUCCCUUCUGUACUUGUUUUCGUUUGAUAUUAAUUGUUAUUUCCAUUCUACUCUUGAUACUUUCAGUGUCUGUUUGUACAGAUGAUAAUCAAAAGAUCCAUGCCUCAAAUAAAAUACCUGGACAUC